UAGUUUCUGUUCUUGUUUCUUUCUUCUGUUCAUUAAUUUUCUCUCGGAAGCCAAACGGUUUAGAUCUGAAAUUUUAUUGUGGAUAAUUCUAUUCUCUCUUUUUAUCUACGCAAUUGUGUAUAAUUAUAUUCUCUCUUUUUAUCUACGCAAACUUUGAUUAUGAUCUAGAUCUGAGUUUCAAUGAUACCAAUCUGGAGCUUGAGCGAGUUAUUUUCUUGUUAGUGUUUGUACUGGUUCUGUGCUUGUACGGGUAUAUAUUAAAUCUGGACUCUGUGCUUAUACCGAUGUAUAGUAAGUAAAUCUGUACCUGUUCAACUAUUUUGUUGAUUGUGUUCUCAUGAUCCGUUCUGGUUUUAUUUUAUCAGCUGCAGAUCUUUGUUAAGACUCUCACCGGAACGGCCAUCACAUGGUAAAUGUAGCUUAGCCGAAGCGAAGCAAUAUACCUAUAUAUUGGGCGGCAUCUUCCUACCAUUAGCUAUGUCUAUUCAUAGUCCUCUGAGGAUUGUUUGAACACCCAGUUGGUAAAUUUUUGUUUGUAAGCUUGCCUGAAGAAGAAAUGGUUUAUCACUCUAGUUUUAUUGAUGUGGAAGGAGUUGACAAAGCUUGUGGGUGCCCGCUACUUCCUUUGAAAAGCCAUAUAAAGGGUCCUGCUCCAGUUUCAGAUGAAGAUAGAACUGACAUUGUUGAUGAGGCAAUUACAUUCUUUCGAGCCAAUGUCUUCUUCAGAAACUUUGAUAUUAAGAGUCCAGCUGAUAAGCUCCUUAUUUACCUAACAUUCUACAUCAAUGUUGCUUUGAAGAGGCUUGAGGGCUGCAGAACUUUGGCUGAAGGGACCAAGGCAAUCAUUAACUUGGGUUUGGAGAAGGUUCCUGUUCCCGGAGAACCUGUAUUUCCUUUUCCAGGUCUUUUCCCCAUCGCUCAAUCUCGGCAGGAAGCAGAUUCGUCUUGUUCAUUUUCAGCAUUGUAAUGCUUGGAGAGUGCCCACAUUUGAGACUAUUGUUCCUACGAUACAUUGGUUGCCUCCUCCAGUGCAUUGGGUUAAAGUGAAUUUUGAUACAGCAAUGGGGGUUGAUGGCUCUUCUUCGGUUGCUUUAGCUCGGUCCUCUUCAGGAGAAGUGAUUUUUGCAUCUGUUCUUAGUGGUGCUUGUGUGGUUCCUUUGGUGGGUGAGGCAAUGGCUCUCAGUUUGGGUGUUCAGAGAUGUUUAGAUCUUUGUAUUGAGAAAGUUGAGUUUGAGGGUGAUGCUUUAUUAGUUGUUAAUGCAGUCUCCAAACCUGAGUUGGUUUCGUUUUGGAAGAUUGAGAAUUUGAUUGAUGAUAUUAGAGGCAAGUUGAUGGGGGUUCGGAGUUGGUCUAUUGCAAAAGUUAGCAGGCGUCAAAAUGCUUGGGCGGAUAGUCUCGCCAAAUGGGCCGCAGUCGGGGGUUUUUCCGGUAGCAUUCCCAAUUGUUUUUUACCAGAUUUACAGGCUUGGUUAGAUAGUGGUUGCGAUCCCCCUGUUCAUCGCUUUGGUUUGUUUUCUUCUGGCUUUUAAGCCUUUGCCUGAUAAAAAAAA